AAUCCAAAGCAGCGGCUAGAUAAGAAAACGAACUAAGGCAUGUGGGGUGAGAUGACGUACAGCAGCGAUAACAGACCAGCUGGAAAGGAGUGCGGUUAGCGAUUAGAUUGGAGACCCGAGACUACCGUCCAUAAUCAAAACAUGCCCGCUCUCACGGCUCAACGACGAAAGCAGGAGAAGCCUUUGUGUUGGGCUGAGGGAGAGGGCGCUGGAAAGCCUUUUCUUGUUGCCUGAUGAAUCUUGGCUAAAAUCAUGAUGUCCGCUAUAAAUAACCUGUGCUCAAUGACGGAAUUUCCUAUCCACAAGUCUCACUUGUCGGGCUGUUGACAUAAAGCAUUAUUUGACAAUCCUGGAUCAUCGAAAUUCAUUCACCAUGACUCCAAUCUCUGUUCCUCGCGUGUCGCCAACAGACAAUCCAGAAUCAAUCACCCAAACCCUACGCGAAUCCGGUGUCCUGAUUAUCAAAGGACUUCUGUCGAGAGACCAGUUGCAGGAGUUGAAUCACGAACUUGACAAACCGUUGGAGGCCAUCCAGUCGGGCUCCAAACACAAGGUCGACAAGAUCCAAGACUUUCACGGCAGUAAUACAAAGCGCCUCACAAAUGUUACAACCCACAGCAAGAUAUUCCGUCAUCAAGUGCUUGAGAACGAAUUGGUCCACGCCGUGGCUGAGAGGGUCUUCCACCAAGACUCUGGGACGUACUGGAUGGGUGCCGCUCAAGUGAUCCAAAUCGGACCUGGCAACAAAGCUCAAGUGCUUCACCGGGAUCAAGGCCAGUAUCCAAUCUUCAAUCUUUUGGGCGCGAAGGCACCGGAGGCGACUAUCAAUUUCCUCAUCGCCCUGACAGACUUCACCGAAGAAAAUGGCGCCACCAGAAUCAUUCCUGGAUCUCAUAUGUGGGAAGACUAUUCCAACAUGGGGUCACCCGACCAAACGAUUCCUGCCAUUAUGAAGGCUGGCGAUGCUGUCCUGAUGAGUGGCAAGACAGUUCAUGGUGGUGGUGCCAACAAAACUAAAGAUGAGAACCGUCGUGGCUUAGCUUUCACACUACAGUGUAGCUAUCUGACGCCAGAAGAAGCGAAUCCAUUCAUUAUCGGAUUGGAUACCAUCAAGCAACUAUCCCCUAGAGCGCAGCGGAUAUUGGGAUUCCGUUCGCAAUUCCCGAAAUUUUCGCCCGGUCUCUGGCAAUCCGACUACUCCGAAAUUGCAGACGUUAUCGGUCUCUCGGGAGAGGAUGCCGCCCUUGAACGCUUGAAACGGGAAAACAAAGUGACAUUCUAAGUCAUAAAUUGGCUAUGCGCCUUUGCCGGCGCAUGGAACGUCUCAUGGAGACUUCAGUCCUUUCUGCAAAGGUAUCAUUCCAUAUAUUUUGUCCGUCAAUCUCGGCCAUCAUACCACGUGUUGACUGCAUGGUGAUGCAUGUCAAUUGUACGAUAAUCUCCUCUAUUAAGCUAUGGACGUAUUGAAUCAAUUUAAGUCUGUUUUAAAUGGCCACAAUCGUUCAACAGUAUACUUCCCAACAAGCUGUUUCCUAGAGCGAUGUAUUGCAUUUGUAUUGUUAAAUUUACCGUCGCAGUGCCUAAUUUCUCUAGAUAACGUCAACUGAGCUGAAUCAGCAGCUGUGGCAUUAAUUCCUGCUUUAAAUUGAUAUACCACUUCAAUGACAAUAUUCGCACAUCUCUUUCAUCUAGAUUCUUGAAACUGAGAGCAC